AUGAUCUGCUUCUCGGCCGUCAGCCUCCAAUCGCUACUUUCGACCUGCACUUGGUCAAUAUUAUUCUCUCCAAUUGGAUGCACCUCUUGUCCUAUUAACGAGGACGGGAUAGACAGAAAUCCUCAGCAACCAACCCCUGAUCCUACCGCCUCAUACACGCGUCCUAAGGCUCUGGAAUAUAAAUCAAAGCCGAAUACCAUCCAAGAAUCAAGUCUUCCAACUUCAUUAUCAAGCCAGUUGCUGCCCCGGAAUCCAAGUGUUCCUGGCUAUGCUUCCCCUUCAGUCUACGGCGAUAACAUCAGUAAACGUGCUCAUCCUCAAUUAAUGGUUUCUUCGACAAGCGGUACCAUCAACCCUGCAAAAUCGCCCCGUGUUACUGUCCCUACUAGGCCGCGUACAAAAAGCCAGCACGAGCCAAUUGGCUACUAUAAUAAUAUAGGACCUAGUGAAGGGUCCGAAAUUUGGAGGAUUGGAGAACAUUAUUCAUGGCCGAGGAAGGAAGACCAGUCCUAG